CCGCGAGCGGGGAAACUGAAGGGAAACUGCAAAAGCAAGUUCAAGUUGACUGUCAAAAUUUUUAGCGGGCCUAUAUAACCAUCUUGCGUUGUAACCACUUUGCGGAAAGAACUUAACGAAUCUCUGCCCUCCCAUGGCCGCAUUCGAUAUGAUUGUGGUGGGCUCCGGUGGCGGACCCGAUGAAACUAACCUAUCAGGAUAUUUGCUCAAGCCUUGCGAGGCUGCUUGGAAUGAUGGUAUUAUCGCAUUGGAGGCGGGGUCGGGUCUUGGCGCGCUCAGACAUAUCAUGAAGCGCGAUCCAAACAUUUUCGGAGAACGUCCAACUGACGCGAAUCCAACAUCAUUUACUCCUCUCACGGUGUAUUCAAAUGUCAAGUGUUUCCUCCUUACACACGCACACCUUGACCAUAUAAGCAGUCUUAUAAUGGCCGCGGGCACACUCGGCGGUGCCAGAAAGCGUAUAUAUGGUUCAACCCAGACUCUCAGAGAUCUAGAGACAGUCUUUUCUGGAAGAGUAUGGCCCAAAUUAGCCACAUAUGAUGAGAAUAACCCGUUAUUGCAAUUGGUGUAUCACGCCCUCCAUGCAGAUGGCAAAUACAAGGCCAUCUUCCCAGAUAUCUCCGUUCGUUUCAUGACCGUCAACCACGGAAUGAACGACUCUGGUCAGUAUGACGGUGCUUGCUUUUUCAUUCGACACGACCCCACAAAUCAUGAGUUCAUCUUUUUCGGUGAUGUGGAACCCGACAGCAUUUCCGUCAAGCCCAAGAACAUCGCUGUCUGGCGUGCAGCAGCACCAAAGAUACCACAUGACAUAUCUACCAUCUUCAUUGAGUGUUCAUACCAAAUAGGGCGGCCGGAGGCGGAACUUUGGGGUCAUCUCAGUCCCGUACAUUUGGUACAGGAGUUGGUCACGCUGGCAACAGAGGUUGUCAUCGCCCAGAAAGCACGUAAAUCCCGCUCAGGAUCACGGCCGCGAAAGAAGCAACGGAAGAACUCCAUGUCACCUGAUGCCCUUCACGGUGCACUCCAAGGUGUCAAAGUUUACAUCAUACACUGCAAAGAGCAAUUCCUCACAGAACGACCGAUCAGCCAUGUUAUUGGUGACCAAUGUCGUGAGCUGCUUGCGCCCCAUCAACUAGGGGUCGAACUACUCACUGCAGACCAGGGUAUGAGGAUUGGUGGGUCCAAUCGUCCUAUCGGCUUUGGCGGAUAUACGUGGAACUAAUUUGUGCUUCUUCAAGUGAUCUGAACUUUAUCCUCAACAAACUUUUCUUAUUGGUUCAGUUAUUCGUUUGGCUAUUUAUACUUGGAGCAAUCCACCUCGAUACCACUCCCCACCGUGUGUGUAUAUUUAACCCCUGUAGCCUUAAUUCCUAUUCGCAGUUGUCGUUCUUACCACCAGUUUGUCUUAUCACUCAUCGAAGCCAUCCUCCAAUUCAUGUUCGGACUUUUUGACGCGCCACGUACCUUCGAGCCUCUUUCCCAUAUACUACUCGAACUACGUACCGUCUUUAGACUCACUCACGUACUUGCAUGAUUGCACAAAAUACAAGAUCACGACGAUAA